GAUUUUUCCCAUGAUCCCGAACGUCACGGUUCGUUACGGGGCGCUCGCGUGAGUGAGAACGCGAAACUGUCUUUGUCUUCCCGUACGCAUAAAUACGCACGGCGAUCAUGAGCGAGUCACAGUCGAAGAAAACGAAGAUCAUGAGUUCCCUGAGCCAGCUGAAGGACCUCACCACGGUGGUCGCCGACACCGGCGACUUCGAAGCUAUGGAACAGUUUAACCCGACGGAUGCGACAACGAAUCCGUCAUUGAUUCUGGCUGCGGCGAAUCAAAAGAAAUAUUCUCAACUGAUUGGAAAAGCUGCCGAGAUCGGCAAGAAGGCUGCCUCUACUUUGGCCGAGCAAGUUUCGGAGGCCUACGACAUCUGUUGUGUUGUGUUCGGAAAGGAAAUCUUGAAUGUAAUUCCCGGAAGAGUUUCCACCGAGAUAGACGCCAGAUUGUCCUUCAACAAAGAAGCCAGCAUCGAAAAGGCGAAGAGACUGAUUGCUCUGUACGAGGGGCUCGGAGUGAGCAAGGAACGCGUCCUGAUCAAGCUCGCGUCAACGUGGGAGGGCAUUCAAGCGGCAAAGGAGUUGGAAGAGAAAUAUGGAAUUCACUGCAAUCUGACGUUGCUGUUCUCCUUCACGCAGGCUGUCGCUUGCGCGGAGGCCGGAGUCACUCUCAUUUCGCCGUUCGUCGGCAGAAUCCUCGAUUGGUACGUAGCGAACACGGACAAAAAGUCUUACGAAGGGAAAGAAGAUCCGGGUGUUGUUUCCGUUACAAAAAUUUACAAUUAUUACAAAAAGUUUGGUUAUAAAACGGUCGUGAUGGGUGCUUCGUUCAGGAAUGUCGAUGAAAUCAAGGAACUCGCUGGCUGCGAUUUGCUCACUAUAAGUCCUAAAUUAUUGGAGGAAUUGGAAAAGAGCAACGAGCCCGUUCACAAGGUUCUGAGCGUGGAGUCGGCGAAGAAGAGCGAUCUUCAGAAGAUCAGUUUGAACGAGGCCGAGUUCAGGUGGCUUCUGAACGAGGACCAGAUGGCGACCGAGAAGCUGAGCGAGGGCAUUCGCAAGUUCGCCGUGGACGUGCGAAAACUCGAGAAGCUGCUGCAGGAGAGGAUUCAGGGUUAACAAAAGAAUCUUUUUUAGCGCCUGACGUCAAAACUCGCAAGGGAGCAUAAUAUAUCGAAUAUACAAAUACAUUUCUGUUUUAUAUAUUAAAAUACAAUUAACUACUACUACUUGCGGUACCUGCGUGCAAAAUGGAAAAGGAAUAUACGGUUGAUAUAAAAACAAAAAGGUAUAUAUAUUUUUACAAUUUAUGUAUUUUGAAAAUGUAUAUAACAAAUGUGAUUCUUGUGUGAGUUUUGUGACGGAAAA